ACGCGACGCGGUAAAACCUGACGGACAAUACAGGAGAAAGUUCACGUGAAGGACCUGGUAAAACUGCGCGCUUGUACCGCACUCGAUGUCGCAAUUCUCGGCGAAUCGAAACCAACCUCAACACGCGAUUUUAUUCGAACAGUUUCAAUUGGGGUCAAUAUAAGACUCUAAAACCUGACAGACAAGACAGACAAGCAGAGCUCAGCUCAACAAACCCCUCAAACUCACAUCCUUGUUCGAGAAAGCUGUUAAGUCAAGACUGUUUUUGCUCCCUGCUAAGGGCUCAACAAGUAACAAAGUCUCAACCACAAUAGUUAAAAACAGCUUUACAAGAUGACCUCUCAAAAAAGAUACAGACAUCACCAGGAAAAUAACGGAUCACGUUUCAGAGAUCUUCCUCCAAGAUUUAAGCGACAGAAGUCUUCGUCUUCACCACCACCUAAACCUACAGCUUCACCAGAUGCCAGCAACUGUCAGGAGAAUAGUGUUCCUCAAAGACUGACUCCUGACCUGCCUGCUGUUACGUCUGCUUCCACGUCCAUAAGUAUGGCGCCAUCCCCUAGUUUUGUCAAAUCAUGUGUUAAUCAGGACAUGUAUUUGCCAAAAGAUUUUCUUCCAGCCAAGACCCCUUUAUCUGUAAACAGCACUGCCCAGUGGUCAAUGGCCCAGAAAAAAGACUUGCAGCCUGUCCUUUCUCCAGUUGAUAAUAGGUAUUUGAAAUAUUCUAGCAAUUUGCAGUCACCUUCUCACAUUCCUCUGGGGACAAAUUUUGGAUACAGCCCGCCAAUGUCCCCUUGGUCUGCUGGGAGUUCAAGUUCUUUUUCUGGACAACCAAAUGAUAUGCUCCUACAGAACAGUUGGUCACCAUCACCUGUCUACUCAGGCCAAAGACUGCAGAGCCCACCAGCACUCAACUACAACAAUGAAAAUUUUGCACCUAUUGGCUCUUUAAUGCCACCACAGCUUAGUCCAGUUUCCACCUGGGCCAAGCCUAGUUAUUCUCCACAUGCAGUUUCUGCCUCACCACCAGCCCACUGCUUGCCUGCUGCCUCACCUUCAGGGAUUGCCAAAGAUAAACCCAAGCAAAGUAUUGAUGAGAACAGGAAUGGGGGAAAACCAGACUAUUCAGAUCCUGACAUUCGAACCAUUGAGAUGCUUCGCGAACUGGAGAGGGUUGCAGAUGAAAAGGACAAUGAUGAUUUUUGUGUUGAUAGGAAGUCCUUGGUAUCCCAUCAUCUUCGUAUGCUUAUGUGUGCUGUAGACAGGUAUACCGAAGGCGUUGAAGACGAAGUAACCCCUCGAGGGGACGAGGCAUCACUGGCUUCUGAGAGUCCAGUUUCUUCACCUAGACGAAGCUCACCAGCCCCAGUAAAAAUGUGGCCACAUGAACAGUCCAAAGCUGUUUCUGAAUGUAGCGUGGUAGAGACUGCUACCUGGCAUCAAAACUCUCCAUCUGUUUGGGGAAGUGAAAUCAGCAAAGUAUCUACCCCACUGGUCAACAGUUCAGAGAAAAAGAUGGAAUCACAGAGGAAAACUCCUCCCCCUGAACCAUCAGCAAUUUGGGGCAGUUCGGAUAAAAUCGAGCACCAAGAUUACUCUCCAGCAUGGGAUCUAUGGUCCAGUCCUUCGUUUGAUAUCUGUCGUGGCAUCCUGUCCAAGCCAUGCGAGUUGGAUAAGGCAGACUCGCCAUUUUUUGAUACCUUCAGCUAUGCUAGGGGUGACAAUUUAGCUACUGAAGGAUACAAGGAAAGAAAACCUCUCUACAAACGUUAAACCAUUAACUCGUUGCUUGUUUUAAGGUGAUAUCCUGAUAUGUAAAAAAUAUACAUUUUUUAGUCCGUUUUUGUAAUAUUUAUUAAUUUUAAAUUAACUUAAUUUGCCUAGUGUUAUAUGGUAUGAAAUGGUUAGAAGACUGUCAUGUACAUUAUCUCUUACCGGUUACGUUUUGAUCUGAUCCUGAAACGAUGGUAGGAUGCAAGCCUUGUGAGCUCAUGAACUGGGUAUUUAUAAAAAACAGUUUUGAGCCUUUUUCUGUAACAUUUUUGCAUAAACAGUGAUUCAUUGGUUUGCCUUGAAUGUUGGAUUGAUAUGUUUACCAUUGUAUCAUAAUGAUGUGUGGUGAUAGGUUGUUUUUUUUUUUUUUUAAAUUGUAACAUAAUGAAAUAAUAACUGGAUUAUAUUUAAGAAGCAGUACGUAUAUUUGAACAGUAAAUUCAAUUAUUUAAGGCUGCUUUUCUAGGUGGUGAAUAAAUUCACGCAUGUUCAUUGUCAAGACUCUGACAAGUGUUCAAGUUUAUGGUAAAUAGGAUUAUACCUUCAUUCCUUUUGUACAAUCAUUUCAUUACUCCUUUAUGUGCAAUGUAAUUUUGUUUUUUCAAGUUUUGUAUUUUUGUAUAUCUUUAUUAUAUAAUUGUUUAAAGUAUGUCUACUCAAUCUGUAAUUAUGUACUUAUAAUUUUAUUUAAUGUAGUUCAAAUCUUCAUAAAAUCAUUUAUUUAGGAUAUGUAACACGGAUUAAGAAGUUACCUACUUUUUUUCUGCCUAAUAUUGUAUAAAGCAAUAAUGUUAAACCUUGUCUUUGUAUGCAAAAAGCUCUUUCCGAAGUUUUCAGGGCAUGUGUAUAUGGUUUUUUUCUUUCAAAUAAAAAAGUUUUGUUUAUCAAAGCAUUCUUGUACAGAUAUACUCACCACUGUAAAGCUGUUAAAUACUGUAAAAAAAAAUUUCUUAGCUUGAGAACCUGCUGUAAAUUUGUAACUUUAGUAUGACGUCCAAUUAUUUCAUGUAUUUAUCUUGUGCCAUUUUUAAUAUGCUACCCAGGAUGGAUGGGUUAAUUGGAGUGCUUUUGAUUUGGUACCAAAAACUUUUUUUUUUGUCCAGAAGUAAUAAAACAGAAACAAGAUAUCUUUUUUA